GACAUUUUGGUAAAGCUUUUUGAAACUUGUUCGUUCUAGUUGGGUAUAAUAGGCCUAUUUACAAUUACCUCCAGCCAUUGUUAAUUCAUUCUAAUUAAUUCAAUGCUACUGUAUUUCUGAAAAUUAAAAUGGCUUUGUCAUGUGCAUCUUUAUAAACAAGGCAUAGGCCUAACCUAUUAAACUGAGACUUCAGACUAGAUAAAGACCAACACAGCCAUGGAUUUCAUUGCUCCAAUCAAGAGUUUGUGGGACAGUAGUAUGAGUCAUGUGUUCUUUCCUGUGCUUGCGGGAAUAUCCAUCAUUAUCCUAACCACCCAUCUCUACCACCAUUUGAAACCCGAGACCCACGUACCACUCAGAGACACCAAGAGCCACAACUGGAAGAGCUCCAAAGUGGUAGGAGAAGCAACCCAUUGCAGCAUCUGUGAAAACUUGCUUUUGACUAAAGGUUAUUACUGUGACAGCUGUGGAGUGGCAGCCGAUCCACCAUGUUUAAAAAACGCUGACAAAACAUUGAAAUGUAAGAGCCUCUCUAACAACGAAAAACCAAUGAAACAUCAUUGGGUCAAAGGUAACCUUCCAUCGUAUGACCACAUCUGCCGAGUGUGCAGUGAUGCGUGUGACGAUGUCGGCCUAACAGACUAUCAGUGUUGUUGGUGCCACACCAUUGUACACACCAGAUGUCUUCCAAAGGUGGCACAGGAGUGUGACCUGGGUCAGUUCCGUCAGCUGAUUGUGCCUCCCUACAGUGUAGAAGUGAUGUCCCGUCGCACUAGUAUCAGCCAUAGACUGAUGCUGUCAUCUGUAACUUCACCAGAUUGGGAUGAUUGGUCUCCUCUCAUCGUUGUUGCCAACCGCAAGUCUGGCAACAACGAUGGUGAUUUAGUUCUGUCGUGUUUCCGGCGCUUGCUCAACCCUGCGCAGGUCGUAGACCUAGCACAGUGGCCACCACAGGCUGCACUGGAGUGGUGCCAACUGCUAGGUCCGUCUCUAGCAACACCAGCCGUCGUGUUGGUGGCGGGCGGAGACGGUACAGUGGGAUGGGUGCUAAAUGCCAUACACCAAUUGAAACUCAAGGUGGAGCCAGUAGUGGGGAUCGUUCCACUCGGCACUGGGAACGACCUGAGUAGAGUGCUGGGGUGGGGCAGUGAACACUCGACGAGCGACAUCACCGGAGAACAGAUCCUGAGAAACAUCCAGCGUGCGACGCCCGUUAAACUGGACAGGUGGCAGGUAGAUGUGAGACCGUUUAGCCACAUCUACCGAGGACACAAACAGCUGUUGAUGUACAAUUACCUCAGUAUUGGAGUGGAUGCUCAAGUUACGCUAGACUUCCACACAACCAGGGAGUCGCCUUUCUAUCUCUUCAGCAGUCGAGUGUUUAACAAGCUGCUGUACUUGCUAUUUGGAACACAACAGUGUGUGGAGCGGAGAUGUCAGGACUUGGAGAACAAGCUGGAGUUGUACCUGGACGGGGUGAAACAGGAGCUUCCUGAGAUAGAGUCUGUAGUGGUGCUGAACAUUCCCUCCUGGGGCGCUGGGGUGGAUCUGUGGUCACUACUGAAACAAGACAUGCCUGAUCUUCCUGAGCAAAGUAUCAGUGAUGGCAAGUUGGAGGUUGUCGCUGUUUAUUCUUCCUUUCACAUCGCACAACUUCAAGUUGGUCUUUCGUCCCCGCAUUAUAUUGGCCAAGCAUCAUCAGUGAAGAUUAAAUUAAAAAACAAAAUGGCAAUGCAAGUUGAUGGUGAACCCUGGAACCAACAACCAGCGGAGAUCAACGUAAACUAUGUGAACCAAGCUUCCGUCCUUCAAUUGGAGGGUGAAGAAGAAGAACUAUCGUAGAAAACUUAUUGGUUCCUAUCCUACCCUGGUAAAACUUAUGAUUUGUAAGUUUCUCCAACCUUUACUAGAUUCCUCUAAUACCUCAUGAAGUACUUCCUAAAUUUCUAUAUCAACUCCUAGUUCUUAUAUACAUAACCAGUAUUUCCAAAUCAAGUGGAACCGUUUAAAGUUGUGGAUAGUUUUUGAUAAGUCAAAAGAUGAUAGGUUUAUACAACUCAACUCUGCACUCUAUGGAAAUGAUCUGUGUUGAAUUAUGCAGUUUUGCUCAUAUUAACCCAUUGACAACAAAAUUUGUUUUAUUUCUCUAUUAAUAUUUUUUUAGGUUAUGUCCUUUUAUGUAUAUUAUCAUAUAAUGUACAUCAACUUGAUAAUUACAUUUCUAACCAUUUUUAACCAAAAUAAAAUCCAAAAAAGAAAAAUCUGUGUCCUCCUCUUCUAUAUUAGUUGUCCAGUUCUAUAUGAGUAGGAAAAAAAUCUAAACAGGUGUUGCAUGCAAUCCUUAUUAAAACUCACUAAUGCCGUCAAAUCCACUCGCGGCGGACACCGUUUAUUUGAGGUGGGACCUCCACUCCAGCCAAGCCACACAUUACCAAGCUAAAUAUGGAGUGCACAUGUUCAGGAUUCAAUAGAAAGACCUUAACGCUACACUCAUCAGUGCAACACCUUAGCCAACUGAGGUACCAUGCCACCUUCAGCCAAACGGGUCAAUUGCUGAUAUAAGCUCACGACGACACUAGCUCUCCUAGGUUAGAUUUAACGUACUAGAGGGCCAGUGGGUUAACAGUACCACUAUCUUGUGGCGAAAUGCGGUGACGGGCUAGACUCACGAAUUGUUGUCAAUGGGUUAAGGUAAUCGUUUAUCUUGAAUGUUUGUUAUUUUUCACUAUUCUUAGAUAAAGAGAAAUAUUUUUAAGUCUUUACGGCAAAAAAGAUUUUUAUUUAAUUUAUGUUAAAAUAAGUAAUGUUAAAAUUCCGUUUUUUCUGGGGCAUUAGGCGUUAGUCAAUGUCUAAAGAUUAUUUGGUUUCUUUCCAAAUUUAAAUUUGUUUCUUUAAGUAUUUUAAUGUAUUUUUAAAUAUUACCUUCUUUAAAUACUUAAAUAAAAUAAAAUUACAAGAUUUUUGCAACAAACUAUGUUCAUACUGAGCAGACGUAACA